AUGGUACUGGGAGCAGUCGACAAUGUCUUUGUUUAUCCGACUCUUGACAUUAAACAAUUACAAAAUGCAAUUGGCCGUACCAUUUCUCUUUGGCCAAUCGUCGUGGGUCGUCUCUGUAUUAUCGACAAUGAACAUUACUCGAUUGAACUAUCGGAUAAUCCUAUUCCAUUCACUUAUGUGGAAAAUGAUGAACUUGAACGAUGGCCCAUUCUUCCUGUUGCUAUUGAUGAUCGAACAAUCCUUCAACCAUUUGUCGAUUCCGUUCCGAGCGAACCUACUCGAGAUGAUCCACUCGUUCGAUUCAAAGUUACUCGUCUAGUUCGGAGCAAUGAAUAUGUACUAGGUGUUUCGUUCUAUCAUAUGCUUGGUGAUGCAGAUUCUUAUAUUCACUUUUUAAGUGAUCUUUCUCGUUUCUAUCAAGGUCUUGAACCGUUAUCACCAAAACUUAGUUUCGAACGACAUUUAUGGAUUAAGAAAGAUGCUUUUCGUGCUAUCGAUUCGUCUCUUAUGCCUCUCUUGCAACCGCUGCAGGAUGCACGUCCGAGAGACAUCAUUAUCGCCAAGGUUGUAGAAGAACACACAACAACCGAUCCUGUUCAAAUAUCCUUCUCUUCAGAACAACUAACAAAAUUACAUAGUCUAGCUGGACAAGAGAUUGAAAACAUCACUCUUCAAGAUGCACUUACUGCUUAUAUUAUUGUUACACUCAAUAAAUAUGUCCUCGUAUCAGACAAUGAACAUAUCCGACGUACAAAUACUAUAAUCAACUAUCGAGAUAUCUCCGAUACACUGGCUCCGCGUGGUCAAGUUGAUAACUCUAUCAUGUUCAUGCUAUCCGGUGACUUUGAUAAUCCACUUUCUUUGCAGAGUGUUGCCAAAACAAUACGAGCAUCCAUUAAUAAGGCUCGCAAUGAAGAAUUUCUCGAACGAUGGCUUAUCACAAUUGAUUUAAUGAUGAGAAAGAUACAUAAAGAAGGUAAAGCAUGGAAUUUUGCAUCUUAUCCGAAUGAAAUUUGGUUUAAUUCAAAUUUGAAAUAUGAUUGGGCAAGCAAAGUAGAUUUGGGUAUGAAAGAUCAAUGUCGAUUUCAUACAGUGGGCGUAUCGAAAUUAAAAUGUCGUGUCUUUCCAUUAAAUCCCAUACAAGAUGUUGAUGGAAACUGGACUCGAGAUCAUGGAGGAGCUGAGGUAUCUUUUCGAAUCCCGGAAGAAGAUUGUAAGAAUAAGUUUAUUGCAGCAUGGAAUAAUGAUGUAAAAGAAAAUUUUAUGAAUUUUAAAAUUUUAGAAUAA